AUGGCCCUGAAUCCAGACAGAAGUCCACACCACAGUAAGAGCUCUGACAUGACCCCCAGCCCAAGCAUGGUGCUCUCCCCAACCCUGGGCAUCUCCCUAAGUCCCAGCACCAGUGAGACCCUGGUCCCCAGUCUGGGCAGCCUUCCCAGGCUGGCUUCUACGGCAGCCCUGGCUCCGUUCUUCGGCUUGGCUCCAUCCCUCAUGGUGAGCGACGCCGAGAGCGCCAGCUCGGACCUCGCCCUCGUUCCGGCCUCGAUCACGUACCAGAUCCCCACCUCCAGCAAGGCCGUCAGCGUGGGCUCGAGCGGGGGCCCCAACAUCAUCCUCGGCCCCGCUUCCAGCACGAUCCUCCUCCCCGGCCUGAGCGACGCCAACGACCCUGGGUCCAACCCGAUCUCCAGACCCCUUUCGGGUCUCAUGAUCGGCCCGGCGCCCAGCCCCGAGGCCGACAGCCCCAUCCCCAGCUCCACCGUGCUGCUCAAACCGGCCCUUUCCUCCGCCUUCCUGGUGAACAAGAGCCCCAGCACCCACAGGGCUUUGGGCCUCAAUUCCAACAGCACCCCCAAGUCCAGCUCCUCCGCGUUUGACAAGACGGUCAAACUGAGUCAGAGCCCCAGCCUGACAUCCGGCAAGGCCCUGUGUCUGACUUUCGAUACGAGCAACCUGCUCACCUCCGCCGGGACUCACCUGAUGGUCGCCGACCCGAGUCUGAGUCCGAACUUCCAAAAGAACCUGGACAUGGAGAGCGUGUCGAGGCCGAGCUCCAACCUGACGCUGUCCCCCUUCUCCACCCUGACCUCCAGCCCCAGCUCGAGGAAGGCCCUGGCCGUGGGGGUGGGCAACGUGUCCAGGUCCAGCUCGAGCAUGGCCCUGACUCCGGCCCUGAGCCGGCCCUCCACCCCCAGCUCCAGAAAGGCCACCAGCUCGGAGACGGGCAACUCCAACGGCGCCCUCGACUCUCCGCUCAACUCGGAGAGUCUCUCGGACCCCAACGUCUCGAGGCCCAACUCGCUCAUGGCCCUCGCCCCGAUCGCCUGCAUGGCCCUGGUGGUGGACCACAGCCAGGACAAGAAGACCGACUCGGGCUGCAUCCUGACCGACGUCUCCUGCGUGACCCUGUCCAGCGGCCAGGACAGCCCCGACAACUUCAGCAUCCUCCUAGAGAGCAGCAGCAAGACGACGGACCUCAAAAGGAAAAUCGAGAGCAGCCCGUCCGUGAUGCUCCAGGCCCUUUCGAGGUCCCCUUCCGAAGACAGCCGCCUUUUCCAGGCCAGAAGUGACGAGAAUAAGAAUGUCCCUGAGAAAAGCCAAGAGCAAACGGAGCCAGAAGGAGAGACAAAGCAGCUGCUAAAGAAGAUGAUGAAGCAGAUCCAGGAGGAGCCCAUCGACAUACUCUCUAACUCCAACCGACAGCAGGCAAUGAUAACUCUGGCCCACCUGAGAUCAGGGUCCUUCAGCACAGACUGUCCUGGGCUGGAAUUCCAGACCCCACUGCAGGUUUGCUUGGAACCAGAAAGGACGUUGUAUUCUCAGACCCUGGAUGCUCUUCAGACAUUGCUGAAGUCUCUCUUCCUAGAAGAUCCUACCCCAGCUAGCCUGACUAGCAUUUUGGAGCCACUGGGACCCUGGAUAACAUCUGCAAAGGCCCAUGAGAGAGCCAGAGCGGUGAACAACAAUGUGUCCCUGCUGAACUGCACUCUCCAGACUCAGUCUUUCUUUACCAUCCCUGGGUUUCCCAUGUUUGGUCUUCUGCUUGGACGGCUCAUUCUUCGAAUUUGCGACCCAGAUGAAGAGAUUGGCAGUGAAGCCCUGGACGGUGUCAUCAUCCUUUAUACCAUCCUGGAACUACAGAAGAGGAACCUAGAUAAGGAAGAAACCAAUGAGCUAGAGCUGUAUGAAAGCAACAAGCGGUUUCUAGGGCCCUACAACCCCGUCAGCCCUUGCCAAAACAUCUUGAGAGUGAUUGCGGAAUUUGGAGACUUUCUUGGACCCCAACAAGUGAAAGACCUGUUAUUGGCUGCUUUGGAAGGCCUGAGGGAUGACCAAGAGACUCCUACAAAGGACACAGCGGAAAUGAUGCAGUUGGCUUCUGAGGUCACCCUGAGCUCCGUUCUGGAGUGGUAUAGACACAGGGUAUUGGAGGUGAUACCAGAGAUCAUGAAUGGCAUCUACGUGCAUCUGCAUGGCAUCCAUGAGCCAAGAGCCCGAGAAGUUGCUCUCUUGCCCAUCUCCCUCUUGGCCAGUUCCUUCAUGACUGAGGUGGUCAUUGCUCUGCUCAUGUGUCCCCUCCCACUGGACAGCAAUGGGGCAGAGAUGUGGAGGCAAUUAAUUCUUCGAAAACCCAGUUGUGAUAUCCGGGACCUUCUGGAGCUGCUCCUGACCAGUCUGAAAGAGAAGCCCGUCACUAACAAAGGCCGGGCCUCCAUUGUACCCCUGGCGGCAGCCAGUGGUCUGUGUGAACUCCUCUCUGUCAACAGCUGUGUGACUCGAGUGCGGCGCAUCUACCCCCAGUUACUCCUUGCCCUGUUGGUCCAGGUCCAUUACCACAUUGGCCUGAACUUGCCUGGCCAAGGCUCUUGCUUCAGGAAUAGCCUAAGCUCCACCUUCAUGCCUGUCCGGUGGGUGGUGAAGGUGGUCAAGACCCUCUUGUUGAAGAUGGGUUGUUCUUAUGAAGCUACCCUGCUGGAGAGCCAAGGAGCUUGGGAGCUCAUGGGCCAGGCUGAGCAUCACCACCGGGGUGUAUCUCUGCUGGCCAGGGCCAUGGUGCAUUAUUCCUGCCAAGAACUCUGUCGCAUGCUUUACCUGCUGAUUCCACUCCUGGAGAGAGGGGAUGAGAAGCACAAGAUCACUGCCACGGCCUUCUUCGUGGAGCUUCUUCGCAUGGAGCAGGUGAAGCGGAUUCCAGAGGAGUACUCCCUGGGCCGAAUGUCUGAGGGCCUGAGUAGCGAAGACCCCAUCAUGAAGGUGCUCUGUAUCAGGGGUCUGGUCAUCCUGGCCCAUAGGACAGAAAAGAGUAACAAAAUCCAGGCUCUUCUGCCCUCUAUGAUGAAAGGGCUGCAGUGGGUGGAUGGCUUAUUGGCCGUUGAGGCAGUCAGCAACGUCAAAACCAUCCUGAGAUCUCAGGACAAGAAGUCGAGCGACAUCUCCAUUUACCUGGACAUUCUGCAGGUUCUCCAGCCUCACUUCGAUGAUAAUAGAGAAGAGGUGCGCUUGGCGGCCAUCACCCUCUUUGGUAAGGUGGUUCAGCUACUGCGAAGCCCCUGCACACCCCUCACAGAGCAGCAGUUGGUGAAUAGCCUGGUACCCCUGAUCCUGCAACUUCAGGAAGGGAAUCCUGUCGUGGGGAAGAGAUGUAAGAAGACUUUGUCCUACUGCUGCUACCACAUGGCAUGGGUUCUGCCAAAAAUGAUGUAUAGCAAAAAGCCAUGGGACCCCAGUCAGCAGAACGUGGCCAAGAUCUGUAAAUACUUGGUGAACACCCACCGUGACAGUGCUUUAGUGUUCCUGACCCAGAGCCUGGAAUAUACCAAAAGCCCUCGGGCUGCCCUCCGGAGGAGCGCAGUCACAUUUAUAGGGUCCCUGGUACCCUGCAUGGAAGGCAUGCUGACUGAAGAACUCCUAAGUGAAGUGAAGACGGCCCUGGAGGCCCUGAGACAUGACCCAGAAGCGUCAGUGUGCAUCUUUGCAGCUCAAGCCCAGGAUCACAUCCUGGCAAGUUGCUGGAGAAAUUCCUGGCCCCUUCCCCGGGGUGACUCUUGGGUCUGUGACCCAGCCUCCACACACCGAUGGAACUCCAGCAAAGAGAACCUCCCUGUUGCUCAUCACCGCAGGUCCUGGAUCGUGGAGUCGCUGAGGGCCUGGAAGAAGACUUUAAAAUAG